CCCUCCUACUAGCUCGACAUUCUCCUCCUCAGUAUGCUUCACACACUUAUUAAACACACUUUAAGCAUAACAUGAAUAUUCAUGUAAGAUGGUGGAUAGAACACAUGGAAUUGGAGUCACGGUGUAGAAGUUGAACAUGAAGUUUCACUUUUGCACCUCACAGCAACUACGGUGUGUUCAAGGACCAAGUGCGACAUCUGAACGCAUGGUGAAAAAAACUGAAGCGGAAAAACAAACAUGUAAAAAAAAUUGUGCGCUUGUUUUUAACAGUGAUAAAUAUAUGCAGUACAUUUAACCUGCAUUAUUUAAAUUAUUACCGACUUAGUGUGAAUGAGAUGUUUUCUGUGGGAAAAAAAACAACCUGUUUUCGGAGAAGAAAACAAUUCUGACAAAAACUUUUGCAUCCCACAGCAACUAUGGUGCGUUCAAGGACCGAUGAACAAAGUGCCACAUCUCAACACUUCCUGAAAAAACAUCAGUGAAGCGUAAAGACAUAAAUAUGUCAAGAUUGUGGUUAACAGUGAUAAAUGCAUGCAGUACAUUUUACCUGAAUUAUUACGUAUUCCUAAAUUAUUCCGACUUGGCGUGAAUGAGAUGUGUUUUCUACAGAGAAGAAAACAAUUGUGACAAAAAACAUUUGCAUCUCACAGCGACAAUGGUGUGUUCAAAGACCGCCAAACAAAGUGUGACAUCUCAACAUUUGAUGAAAAAACAUCAGUGAAACGUAACGACAAAUAUGUAAUAAAAAAAAGGUAAACAUUUUCCAACUAUUUAAUUUUCUUUUAUUAUAAUAGGUAUUUAUUCCCAUAAUAUUAUAAAGUUACCCUCAACCUAAAAUGUCAACUUUUUUUUUCGAUGUUUGUCAUAAUAUUCUGAUGUUUUCCUUUAAUAUUUCAACUUUAUGCUACUAAAAUUAUUUUUCCUCAUAAUACAUUAUUGUCAUAAAAUUUGGGCCUCUUUUUGUUAGAUUAUCACAUUUUUCUCAGUAUUUGUUAAAAUGUAUUCUUUGUAAAAUUAAUGCAAAUUUUUCAAUUUUUGCUGAUUUUUUUUUUUUUGUGUUCUUAUUUAAUUUUAUUUUUAGAAUGUGUCACGGGCCAAUAAAAAAAAACAGCAGCACUUGGGACACCCCUGCUUUAGUGCGUCAGGGUUUAAGUGUUGACAUCACCAGGGUUAUUUCUUGAAGGAGAAUGCUGACCGUCCCUCAGUCGUAGUUCCGACUGUAUUGAGGCCAUGUUCAUGCAAGAUUGGGUGAAGAUUUGUGGACAUGAAACAACCUUCGUCUUGACAAGCACCCCCACCACCAUUCGCUCUGUUAUUAUGUGUGGCCCACACUCUGUCCUUCAGUCUGGCCUGAGAGAAGACAGAUGGAGGCUCAUUCUGUCAGUGCUCUACAUACUGUACACACAUGUAAGGUUCAGUUGAGGCCGCCGACUUACUUCAGCCAAUCGCUUCACUUUACUGCAUAAAGUCAGAUCCUGACUCCCUAUUUGGUGUGAAUAACAACUUCCUUCCUUCUCUUGAUGUAUCCAGCAGAAGAGGACGUGUCCCUCAGGUGUGUGUGCCCCAGCUGGUGUUGUGAAUCAGGCCGAUGACAGACACCUCCUACAAGCCGGCUAUUUCACAACACCAGGGUGGCACCGCACCACUUGGCAACCAGCAAGAAGUCAUUGCAUCACGCUGCAAAGAGGACUUUCACGGAAGCCUGAAUUUUUUUAUUUUUUUUUUUUCUGUGACAAGAUUACACUUUCAUUUGUACAACAGUAUUAAAAAAUGUAAAAAUCUAUGAUUUCGAGAAUAAAGUCAUAAAUUUGUGACAAAAAAGUCGUAAUUUGACAAAAAAUAAAGUAAUAUUAUGAGGAAAAAAGUUGUAAAUUUAUGAGAAAAACAAGUCGUAAUACCACCUUUGCCCAAGGCCACAGGUCACUAAGUCUGCCCCGUUUCAUGGGUGUCUCGGGCAAUGCCUGUAACAUAAAGUUACAAGUUUUUUUCUCACAAAUUUACGACUUUAUUCUCAUAAAUUAACAACUUUUUUCCUCAUAAUAUUACUUUAUUUUACUUUUACUUUUAUUUUUAAAAGUCGUAAUAUGCCGCAAAUGAAGUUGUAAAUUUACGAGAACAAAGUCGUAAAUUUACGACUUCAUUUGCGGCAUGUUACGACUUUUUUUCUCAUAAAUUCACAACUUUUUUGUCGUAAAUUGAUGACUUUAUUCUUGUAAAUUAACGACUUUAUUUGCAGGAUAUUAUAACCUUAUUCUCAUGAAUUCACUACUUUUUGUCGUAAAUUUACGACUUUAUUCUCGUGAAUUUACGACUUUUAUUGUACAUUUACGACUUUGUUCUCGUAAGAUUCUGACUUUAUUCUCGUAAAUUAGAUUUUUUUUCCUCAUAAAUUUACGACUUUAUUCUUGUAAUAUGACUUUUUUUUACGUAUUAGGGCCGCAUUGAAAAAAAACCUUGAGAUUUCGAGAACAAAGUCGUAAAUUUGCAAUUUUUUUUGUCAUAAAUGUAAGACUAUUCUGGAAAACUCAGAUUAUUUUAACGCUCCGUCGUCAGGCAUUAUGUGACCUUUGGCCUUGGGCACGUGGAGGGAAAACAAGGCGGAAGUGAGAAAAGCUAGACAUGCUAAUCUGUAGCCAAUCUGCCAAAUUGUAAAUAAAAUCUUAACUGAAGCAAGAGCAAAGUUUCCUUCCUUCCUGAAGAGUUAUGCUCUUUUUUUUUUCCCCCCCUUACACAUACAACAAGUAAUAUUACAAAUUUAUUCUCGUAAAUUAACGUUAUCCUCCUAAUAGUAUGACUUUUUUCUCGUAAAGUCAUCAAUUUACGAGAAAAAAUGCCGUAAAUUUACGAGAAUGUCAUAAAUUUUCGCCGUUAUUCUAGAAAUCUCAGAUUUGUUUUUGUUUUCUUCCAAUGUGGCCCUAAUAGUCCGUCGUACCGCAGAGACCACUGCUGUGUAACAACUAUUGCUGCUUCCAAGAUACAACUGUGUUUAGUCAGCUCCUGUAAACAGAAAAUCUACUGUGGUUGAGUUGAUAAAGUAUCCUCUACAGUCUUCUCAGCCUUGUCAAGUGCAGGCUGGCUUAAUCCCAAAAGAACUCGACAUUAAUACUGCAUUAAUAUUUGACAAUGUUGCCAAAUAAGUGAGGAGAAAAAGCAGUGCUUGUGGAGGAUGGUGCUUCUCUAUUUCAGGCUUGAUCUUUCACCUUCUGAUGCGAAAAGCUGCCUCAUCAAUCACUCGGCCUCUGCUGUCCACGACCUCUUGUGCUCCUGUCAGAAACAGUUGGAAGGCGAGCAAUGAUGAUGACCCCUAGCCUCCGGGUUUGUGACACAAUGUGGCCCGCUUAUUGUAUUUUUCUCGUAACGCGGUCAUCUCCUACAACACAGACACACAGCUUGAAGACACUUACAACAUUAUGCACCGUUCAAUCAGGUGUGUCCCAAGUGUAUAUUAAAAUAAUAUUUACAGGCAAUGUUUAUAUUGUUAUUCAUAAUAUUAAUAUUAUUGUAAAAAGCUUGGACACGACAUGCUUUGUGCUACCUUGGCAGCGUCGAUCAGGUGGGAUUUUUUUGGAACAUUGCCAUUGGUCAUGCCAAAAAUAUGCAUGUUAGGUUAAUUGUUGACUCUUUAUUGUCCAUAGGUAUGAAUGUGAGUGUGAAUGUUUUUUUGUCUCUAUGUGCCCUGCCAUUGGCUGGGUGUACCCCGCCUCUCGCCCGAACUCAGCUGGGAUAGGCUCCAGCAUACCCCCGCGACCCUCGUGAGGAUGAGUGGCAUAGAAGAAAAAAUUAUUUUAAAUGCUUUUAUUAUUAUACUUAUUUAUUUUUUAAUACUUUAAAACGCCAUUUUCAUAUAUUUUCUGAUUUUCCUCUGUGCUUUUUGCAGGGCUGUCAAAAAAUAGCGGGUUAAAGGCGGUAACUAAUUGCGGAAUUAACACAUGGCUCUCUGUUAUGACAACAGUCGGCGGCAGGUGUAGCUCCCCACAGUCACAGUGUCUGAAGCCCUUUUAAACUUCAUUCUAACCUCAACACAUCAAGCGCAGUGCAAUUCCAGCGCCAUAUAUGUUUCUCUAACUCCACAACAACACGUCUCCAGUCCAUCCGUCAUUGCAACGACCUUCCUCAUUGUCACUAGACAGACCGCGAGAUGCAUUCACUGACACUCCAACAUCACAAUAACGUCUUUAAUAUCCGCGCACAUGUGGUCUCAAUAAACAGAAAUUAAAAGUAAAACAAUAAGUGGAUAUUCUAUCACUCACUUUGUAACUCUUAAUGUGAAAGUACAAUUUGCUGCAUUUAGGUAUGCUCGGAAAUCCCAGAAAAUUCACUCAAAACUUGUGUAUUCAACUUAAAUGACGUGGUGUCUUUGAACGCAACUCCUCAUUUUGCAUAAUAACACAGUUAAAGUCUGAUCCAAAUAUUCUGCUUUUAAAGAAACCAGUUUCGUUUUUUAAGCAAUGAAGCCGUCGUGUGUAGACUUUAAUUACUGAGUCGUAGCUCAGUCACAAUCAUUCACAAGAUCCACAUAAACUGUCAGUUGUUCCACAUACAAAAAAGCCGUCUUCUUUGGAGCUUGUUGCAGACAGUGACACCGUUUAUUUCCUGGUGUGAGACUAUGUGCACUGGUCAAUACUGUAAUGCCCCUUGUUGUGGGGAAGGAGAAACUCACGUCGCCAAUGCACUUUAAUUGCUUUAUUAACAGCAGUUUAUUAACCUAGUUGUUCUUUACAACUUUUAUCCGCAGUCCCACAGUGCCCUCUACUGGUCAACAUGUAACAGUAUAAUUAUAUGUAUCUGCAAACACAACAGGCCAUCAGGCUUCUCAACGAAGCACUCACACACGCCACACGCAACACAAGCACACUCUCAUAGCACUUUAUUAUUUAUUUAUUUAUUUGUAUUAUUUAUUUGUAUUAAUGUCUCUUCUGUUUUUGUUGCUUAAUUUAUUGGUAUAUAUGUUUAUGUUUCUUAUGUUCUUAUUCUUUCUUGUGUUUUCUUUCUUUUCUUGGGAGAAUGAACAGAAUAAGAUUUUCAUUGCAUGGUAUAACUGCUGUUUUACCAUGCACAUGACAAUAAAACUCUCUUGAAUCUUGAAUAUGUGCGCGCACAAAUUCAAAAUGACCGCCAACCUUUCUAUAACGGCCACCUGCCUUUAGCGGCCACUUUUGCCGUUUCCCUUUAGUGGCCGCUAUCGACAGGUUUGACUGUAUAUAUAAUCCUGCCCUGUCAUUUGUCUUUCUUUCAAUAAAAUACAGUAAAAAUGGGCACAUUUCAGACAUAGUGUGACAUGGUGAUUAAUCAUGAUUAAUCAGAAAAGUGUGAUUAAUCUGAUUAAAAAUCAAAUUAAUCAUUUGACAGUCCUAGUUUUUUGUAUAUUAGACUGGCAAUUUUUUCUCAAUAUACUUCAUUGUUUAAAGUACAUACAUUACUUUGAUGUCUUGUAUUAUUUAUGCUAUGAGCUAUGAUUUGUUUUGAAAGACGGUACACUACUUUUUUCAAAUGUACUCGGUGUAUUUGCACAAAGUAUUGUAUCGCUGACACCAGCCUGAAUUUUACUCAGUAUCGGAUCGGAAUGGAAAUCAGUGUAUCGCACGUGACAAUUAUGCAAAAUGAGACACAGCCGUGCAUUGUUGACAGACUAGGAGAAAGGGACAUCUAGUGGAAAUGGAAAUUACGCUGAAGUAACAACCAACGUGUCCUCGUCUUCUUUUUCUUUUUUUUAAAAAUACACCAAAAACAAUUAAAAAUAUAUUUACCAGAGAGAGUAAUUGUAGCAAAAUUAAUGUCAUUUUUUUCUGGCAGAUAAGCCGAACCAGAAUGAGGACACAAUAACAAAGCAAGCUAUAAAAGCAGGAAGUGAGACUAGCUUAAUCACGUUUCCCCGCCAUGGCCGAUCACAGGUGUUUUUAAUUGGAGGACCACAGGUGAUGCAGACACCGACCACUGAACUAGACGGCCUGUUUGACUGCAAAUAAGAGCUUUAAUACUAAGCUAUAUGAUUUUACGGGAAAAAAGUGACACAGCCAUGACUUUAAAUGACUCUAAGCUUAGCGUGCUGCUCCUGCUCCUGCUUGGCUUCGCACACCACCAAGUGGCAGGAGUCUGCGAUGUGGACUUUUGUACCGACCCGACAAAAUGCAUCCUGUCUGAAGACAAGAACUCUUGCAAGUGUGUGCAAGGAUUUUAUGAUGACCACUGUGACAAAGAUGCACACAUGAGAGUCAUGUGCACCAAAGACUUCAUGGGACUCAGAGCAACCGAAGCGUUCUUCUUGUAUUACAACGCACCGGUCACAUCUCUGCACCUUCCCAACAGAGCGUGCAAAGCAGUCAGGGAAGUUAUCGACGACGUUCCGUACUACAUGAUCAGUGUAACCAAAGAUCAAUACAUGAACUGCGGGGGGAAGCCGCUUGAGCGAAACUUCACUCAUGCCAUCUACACCCUGAGUCUCCAAACAGAGCCUCUGUCUACUGGAAAUAUCAUCAGAAAUCCAGUCAUUAAGCUGGAUUUCACCUGUAUCUUUCCAGUCGUCACAAGAGUCAGCUUACCCUUCGAGGUCAUUCCCAUUAUCAGUGAGGCGAUGGUGCGUGUAGACGCGAUGGAGGCUAUCAUACAGAUGUCUCUGUACACGGAUCACAGCUACACGCAACCCUUCACCAGUGCCCCCACUAUCGAGCUGGGAGCCAAGGUGUUUGUGGAGGUGACGGUGACUGAGCCUGCAGACUUCUUCCUCCUUCGCAUCAAUGACUGUUGGGCCUCUCAGAGUCAGCAAGCCAAUGACACUGAGGGUUUGGAUCACAGCCUGCUUUUAAACGGGUGUGUGAACGACAACACGGUGUCCUUCCACAAUCUGAGCGAGGAGCAACUUGGCCUGAACGGGCAGAGCACAACCCUCCACUACAGCUUUGAAAUGUUUCGCUUCACGGCGGCGCCCCAUGAGUUCUAUCUGCACUGCACUGUGCAGCUCUGUGACCCAGACGACGCGGAUUCCUGCAAACCUAACUGUAAUUCCAUCGCUAAGAGGGAAGCCAUGCGAGCAGACCCUCCCCAGGGGCUUUUAUCGUAUGGGCCCAUAAGAAUUGAAACACCAAGCAGACCUGAAUCCAGUGUAUUGUGGACCGUUGUGCUUCCUGUAGCAAGUGUCUGGACUGUGGGUUUCUUCCUUGCCCUCCUCAUCGCCAUGGCAAGAGCUGGCAGUAGGAAGCAUGUGCAAACAGAAGACCUCCCUGAUGCUGUUGCAGCUUGAAUGUGCCAUCAAUAAAAGUCAA